ACGUCACGCGGCUCCCGGUCACGCGGGUGCCCCGGAAGCGCCAGGAGCGGCGGCGGCGGCGGGAGGGGAGCAGCAGCGGACCGCGCCCAUGUCGGGCUUCGACACCAACCCGUUCGCCGACCCGGUGGACAUCAACCCCUUCCAGGACCCCUCGGUGACACAGCUCACAAACACCAGCCAAAGUGGCUUGGAUGAAUUCAACCCCUUUUCCGAGAGCUCCCAGCGGACAAAUGCGGCGCGGACGACGCCGGCGGUGCAGCCCUCAGGACACUCGCAGCCCGCCGUGCUGCAGACAUCUGUGGAGCCCACACCACAGGCCGUGGCUGCAGCAGCACAGGCAGGGCUGCUCCAGCAGCAGGCAGAGCUAGAGAGGAAGGCAGCUGAGCUGGAGAAGAAGGAAAGGGAACUGCAGAGCCACGCAGCCAGCAUUGACCCGAGGCAGAACAACUGGCCUCCUCUGCCCAAGAGGUGUCCCAUCAAGCCCUGCUUCUAUCAGGAUUUCUCUGCAGACAUCCCAGCUGACUACCAGCGGAUAUGCAAGAUGCUCUAUUACUUGUGGAUGUUGCAUUCCAUCACCCUGCUCCUAAACCUGCUGGCUUGCCUGGCAUGGUUCACAGUGGACAACAGCAGAGGAGUGGACUUUGGUCUCUCCAUUCUGUGGUUAAUUUUAUUCACCCCUUGUGCCUUUCUCUGUUGGUACCGACCAAUUUACAAGGCUUUCAGGUCUGACAGCUCCUUCAGCUUCUUCGUCUUCUUUUUCAUCUUCUUCUGCCAAAUAGCAAUCUACAUCAUCCAGGCUGUUGGAAUUCCUGGCUGGGGAGACAGCGGCUGGAUCGCGGCGCUGUCGGAGGUGCACGGCAACGUGGCCGUGGUGGUGAUCAUGAUGGUGGUGGCAGCCUUCUUCACGCUCUGCGCCAUCCUCUCCCUCUUCCUCCUCAAGCAGGUGCAUUCCAUGUAUCGGCGCACAGGAGCCAGCUUCCAGAGGGCCCAGGAGGAGUUUUCCCAAGGCAUCCUCACCAACAGGAGCUUCCAGAAUGCAGCAGCUGGGGCAGCCUCCUCAGCUGCACACAGUGCUUUCAGAGGAAACUAACCCUGCCCAGCAAAUCCAGCCCUUCUUCCCAGCAAAUCCAGCCCUUCCUCCUGGGCUGCCUCCUUCUCGCUUCCUCUGCCCUCAUCUCCCCAACCUUCUGUUUUUUUUGUUUUCUGAAAAUGCACUUUUUUUGGGGGUACCAUGUGAGCUCUGUGAUGCAGACACUCCUGAUGAGAAGAGGUUGGGGUUUUUUUUGGCUUCAGCUGAGCUACGGUUUGGAUGAUUCGUUUUCCCUGUCUUGUUUUAGGGUGUGGGGAGAUGGGGGAAGACAUUCUCUGAGGCAAAUAUUCCUCUCUCCAGGACUUUCCAGGUGUUUGUCUCUUCCUCCCCUCACUCUGUCUGUAGCAGGAAGAUGAGGGGAAGCAGGUUUUUGAUUUUACUCUCUCUUCUCUUGGCCUUUGCUAUGAAGAAUUUGAUUAUCUGCUGUUUUGGGGGGGUUUUGUAACGUGCAUGUAGUUGAUGUCGUUAAUUUUAAGAACAGAAACUGUACUUUGGGGUUAUUACACUCACACAAUGCUGUAUUUUGACCUCAUAACUGCUGGGCUUCCUGAGAGCCACCCAGGAAAAUCUGGGAGCAGGGGGGAGUUUGGGGGGGGGGGAAUGUAUUUCCCCUGGUCCCCCCAGGGCACAUCCCUUGCUUCCACAAGGAUUCUGCAGGUGCCAGCCAGCCCUGGGCAUGGAGAGGGGGAGAAGGGAUCAGUGAAGGCUGAGUCUUCUCAGUGGCUUGAGACCAGGAGAGGGAGGGCAAAAGGGAUUUUGGUUUGGCUCCCAGCUCCAGUUUGGGGCAGCUGAGGAUGCCGGGUCACACAGUGCCUGUGACACCCUUCUCCAGCUAACCUUGAAUGAGUCUUUCUCCAGGGAAGGCUCCUCCCUGCCUUCCUCCUCACGAGUUUAAUUUUUUUUUAGCUGGGAAGGAACUGUUUCCAUGUGUGUUCAGAGAUGGGAUGUCCCUCGGGACGCAGGGGCGGAUGGGGGCAGGUUCACAGCUCUCCUUCCCUCAGCCCCGGGGGUGUCGGGGGGGUUUGAUGCAGGUUUGGCUUUGCGGUGCCCCUUUGCCGGGCUGGGGGUUGGAUCAGACCCCCCUCCUGUGCCGGUGAGGGGCGGCGGGGGGCGCUGCCAUACAGAAAUCGGUAUUUUUACACCCUUUUCCUCCUGUAUUGUUGGAAUUUUUUUUUUCCCCUGGCGUCUGAUCUUUUACUGUUUAAAAAAUUAUUAAUAAAAAAUUGUUCAUGUGGUCCAGA